GCAGGAUCUGGAUGCUGCAUUGCCACUUAUAGAGCUCUACAAAGAUAAAUUGGUGGGGAUCGGAGAGGUUGGACUAGAUUUCACUCCCAGAUUUGCCAGCACGGAUGAGCAGAAGGAAGGACAAAGACAGGUUUUGAUCAAGCAGAUCGAGUUAGCAAGAAGACUGGAUUUGCCUUUAAAUGUUCAUUCCCGCUCAGCUGGAAGACCAACCAUUAAUCUCUUAAAGGAACAAGGUGCUACGAAGGUGUUGCUCCAUGCGUUUGAUGGGAAGCCGUCUGUAGCCAUGGAAGGGGUGAAAGCUGGAUACUUCUUUUCCAUUCCUCCUUCCAUUAUAAGGAGUGAACAGAAGCAGAAGCUUGUGAAACUGUUACCUCUGGAAAGUAUGUGCUUGGAAACUGACUCUCCUGCUCUGGGGCCUGAAAAACAGGUGAGAAAUGAACCAAAAAAUAUUCACAUUGCUGCAGAAUAUAUUGCCAAAAUUAAAGGAAUUCCAGUUGAAGAAGUUAUAGAAGUGACUACACAGAAUGCACUGAAAGUAUUUCCCAAACUUCGGAACUUUCUUCGGAUAUAGAUUCAGAAACUGAAAUAUGUGAUAUUGCGGAAACUAUUAUUUAUGGUGUAGUUAAUAAAAACAAUGUGCAUCUUGUCUUGAAAUGGAGUUUUGCUGUUGGAAAGUUCAAGAAGUGAGCAGAACGUUACAUAGAUGCAUAGGAUGAAUAUAGGGAGUUUCUCAAAGACCUUUGAUGUGCACCAUCGUCAUCUCCUGGAUGCGAUAAAGACAGGUUGUUCAUUUGCA